AUGGCAUGGUUAGUGUAACAAGACAAAAGUAUGUGCAUUUAAAGAUGUUACUUGUAGCGGCAGAUUAAUUAUAUAUUUGCCAUGACAAAUUUUAGCCGUGAAGUGAAAGUAGUCAUAAAGUCCCAUAAAUAUUAUGAGAUUUUCUAGGGGAGGGACUGAAUGGGUCAUGUUUUGUUCGGUGGUGAACACUAUAACAAUUUUCAUUUUAUCUGCGCCAUCUAGUGUUCAAGAUAUUCCUACAGAUGUUACGCUUCUGCCUGUGCUGCCAUUGGUCAGUCAAUGAAUAAGCACAUUUGUCAUAACCGGUUUCACGAAUAUCUUGAGUCACUGUGGCGCAGCUGCCUGUCAACAAUCGUGUUUAAUUUUAUUCCUCAAAUAAUUUAAAAGCACAACUAACGCGAUUUGAAAUUAUUUGAUCUUGUAGCGCGGAGAGUGUGAGAGUGCAGAAGUGUGAAGUUUAUUUGUUAUAGUUAGGCAGAGUGAGAAACUCAAGCUAAGCUUCACUUUUGUUAGUCAUAGCGCUGUUUCUCUGCGGUUUCGUCUGUAAACACUCGUUUGUCUAAAGCUGUAACGAUGGCUGGUGACAGCUCUUAUAACGCGAAGUUGUACAUAUACGACCUGUCAAAUGGAAUGGCCCGUCAGCUGAGUUUCAUGAUGCUAGGAAAGCAGCUCGAGGGAAUAUGGCACACCUCUAUAGUGGCUUAUGUGGAAGAGUUUUUCUUUGGAGGAGUGGGCAUUUCAAGUUGCCCUCCGGGUGGGACACUUCUGGGUAUGCCUGACUCCAUUGUGGAUCUUGGAAACACAGAAGUUCCUCGAGACCUUUUUCUGGAAUAUCUCUCUUCCCUCAGUGGCUCCUAUAGUCCUGAAAAAUACCAUCUUUUCGAACACAACUGUAACAACUUCAGUAGUGAGGUGGCACAGUUUUUAACUGGAGCUAAGAUUCCCUCAUACAUAACUGAUCUUCCAUCUGAGGUGCUCUCAACACCUUUUGGCCAAGCACUCCGUCCUUUUCUAGACUCCAUCACCAUCACCCCACCUGGAAGCAACAACUUGAAUGGAUUUGGCCAGAGAUCCUGCAACAAGCCUCGUGGUGAUGAAGAGAGAGUAAAGAGACACAAGAGGCACAAGUGGAUUUUCUGGUUGUUGCAUGCAUCAUCCUCUCAUGUUUCCAGUGAACACAUUUCCAGUUUACCUGUGGUACUGUAAAUAAAGAUAACUAGUUAAAAGUAUAAAUAGAUGGGUUAGUCAGAUAAAUUCAAUGCCACAGACUGGACUUGAACAUACUGAUAUGUCACGGUCCUGCCUUCUUGUUCAUGAUUUUCUAGUCGUGUGGCAGGAUCGUGACAGGUCCCUUAUGUUUAGUGUGAGAAGCCAUGGGGUGUUUAUCUUUUGAUAUCUCAUGUGCUUUCUCGUGUCUUGUCAUUGGCCCCACCCCUCUCGGUUCAUGUAUUACUUCCCUGCCGUGUCUAAUGUUUCUCACCUGCCCUCGUUGAUUAUCCCUCGUUUGUCUUCCCUUUAAAUAGUCCUCAUGUUUCAUUGUGUUGUUGCUCGUGGAUUGCGUUCUGUGUUUCUGAUGUUCUUCGUAUUGCCUGUGCCUCUUGUUCCUGUUUUCGUCAGUCAUAGUGAGUGUUUAGUUGAGUUCAGUCUUUGUCAAGUGUAUGUUUCUCUAGUGUUUAGUUAGUUUACGUCCCUUUUACUUAUAUCAUUUUGUUCUUGCUUACACCCCAUCGCGGGUUUUUGUUUUGUUGUUUAAUAAAAGUCUUUUGUUUCCCCGUACUCCUGCUGCCUGCGCUUGGGUUCUUACGGUUGCUGUCACACCCUCCCCGGUCGUGACAGCACUCGUGACACUGAUGUACAUACUGUUUUUCACUCUUGGAGAUAAGAAAAUGACUCAACAAUUUUCAUCAUGAGG